AUGUGGGAUACUAUAUCAUUAUGGAAACUUUGUUCGUGUUUUUGGGACGAAUGCGCCGGUAUGUGGAGUGGUUUUGGUGAUCUAACCGGCGAUAUCGCCUCGUGGGUUCCUUCCAGCGAUGACAUUCCAUCUGUAACAGAAGAAGUGACUUGUGCUGAUGACAGCAAAUUCGCUUUACCGAAUUGCGACCGUCUCACAGAAAUUGACCUGUCGGAGGCGACGUUCCCGUUUGGCUUCGUGCCGAUCAAGCGGGCCAGGACCGGCAGCAAUGAAAUGAGUUCUUCUCAAUCCACGAAAAGGAUACAACGACGCAGCAACGGCAAUAGUGAAGAAUGGUGGUCAGCGAGCAAACAACGUUGUAGUGACAAUUAUAGAGACGUCAACACUAUACUCGAGACGGAGAUUGUACCGGAGUCACAGGAAGUAGCUGAAGAAGGCCAAGUAGAAACGACAAUCGAUGUGGCUGAAAACAAGACCGGCAGUCGCCUUGCGCAAACCGGCACGCAGACUUCGCCCGACAGCGCCGCCGACGAAGCCGUCUCACGCGUACAUUUUUUCACUGCUACCUCGAAGAAUGAAGGCCUGGUAAGCACGAAGACCGCUGCUCGGGAGCGCUUUCCUCGAAACGCAUACUAUAAGCGUGCAGCCUCGCUCCCCCCUGCCCGCCCGCCCAGCGCCCACGCCCCUCUGCCUAAGAAACACGCAAUCAGUCCAACACAGGCUGAGUGCCUGCGCGCCAUAUUCGCAGCUCUUUUGUGGCAUGAAGGCAUAGUCCACGAUGCCAUAGCGUGUGCUGCAUUCCUCAAGUUCCACCCGCAGCUGCCCAAGCAGGGUGCACGCGUUGUGACGCGACAACCGCAUGACGUUCAGCCGCCGCGACACCAGCGACACUCCGUUGAAGUGUCCAAUGCAGGACAAUACCUGCGUAUACACCCUUCCACACUAGAAUCGUUGACUCGUUCGGGUGUAGAAGCUACUACGAGUCGUAUGCGCAAAACCGAUCUUGAUGCGCCGAUACGAGAGGAGGAACCACAUGCUAGUGCUUCGGCGCAUUCGCAAGCUCAGACUAGUGCUCCAACGCAGUCAGCACCAGAAGCUACUGGUCUGACGCAGUCGCAAUUAGAAGCUAGAGCUCCGACACAGUCGCAACCGGGAGCUAAUGCAAUGACGCAGUCGCAACCGCAUGAUAGUGACUCGACACAGUCCAAACCACAAGCUAAAGCUCUGGCGCAGUCAAAAUCGGAAACUGCUUCCCCGGCACAUUCGAAACCACAAGCUAGUGCUUCAGCGCAGUCAAAACUGGAUACUAGUUCCCCAGCACAUUCGAAACCAAAGGAUAGUGCUCCGGCGCAGUCAAAAUUGGAUACUGGUUCCCCAGCGCAUUUGAAACCACAGACUACUGCUCCGGCGCAGUCAAAGCUAGAUACUAGUUCCCCAGCACAUUCGAAACCACAGGCUGCUCCAGCACAGUUAAAACCGGAUACUAGUUCCCCAGCGCAUUCGAAACUACAGGGUCCUCUGGCGCAGUCAAAGCCGGAUCCUAGUUCCUCGGCGCAUUUGAAACCGCAGGCUAGCGAUUCGGCGCAGUCAAAACCCGAGAGUAGUUCCCCGGCGCAUUCGAAGCCGCAGACUAGUGCUCCACCGCAGUCACAACCUCAAACUAGCGCACUGGCGCAGGCUAAACCGAAAACUAGUGCCACAGAGCAGGCACAACCACAUGACAGUGCCUCAGCGCAGACGCAAAUGCAGACUGGAACCCCAGUGAAGUCGCAACCUAAGGAUAGUUCUAUGGCUGAGUCACAACAUGAGGCUAGUACUUUCGCGCAGUCGCAACCGCACACCAGUACUGCAAGUACAUCGUCCACGGUGGUGAACGUGCUGCCGCCUGCCAUGCGCGCGCUCGUCGCGCUGUGGGACGCUCUGUACGAUGCUGAUCAGUUCGCCUCUGUUACGGACAAGUUUCGAAAAGAUAUAACCGAGAGAAAUGAAAAUGAAGACAUACGAUCGACAAGUGGCAUUCGGAAGAAGAGGGAUUGGAAAACAUCAACUUAUUACAAAUCGCCUUAUUCAGUGCGUUGCGAGCUGUGCGCCGGCAGCAGCGUGUCGCCCCCACUGGCGGCGCACAUGCGACACUCGCACGCCGGGUGCCGCGGGCCCACCACGCGCGGGUACGACCGCGCCGGCGUCUACCGCCGCGCAGACACGCCCGCGCCCGUCGACACGCCCGCCACCGCCUGCGGACAACUUGCACAAGGCAUUCAUCAACUGUGGUACUUAUACUGCGAAAAGUGCCGCGAUAAGGGCUUAAAAGCGGCAUCAUGCGCAAAACUCAAGAGCAAGACAAUGUCAGACGCACCGUAUGAUCGCAUUGAGAAUAACAUGGAGGUCGAUCAUCACGUCGUCAAGGAAAACGCUCUGUUUCUACUCGAAUUGGGGCCACUCAACAACUCUGAACCGUUAACAUCAUCGCCAUGGCAUGAGAGCGCAUCUCGCAGCCCUCCCACGCCGCCGGGCAGCGUGUGGCAGCCUGCGCCUCCGUUCCAGUGCCUUGCAUCCUUGGGAGCCGCUCCUCGAACGAACGUCACUGAAACAACAGCGCGAUACCACUCCCUAGGCCGACCACCCCCACCGCCUGUUGCACCCCUGGCAAGUGUUAUGAUGUUACUUAGGCUUUAG